AUAAAUGUACAUAUAUUGUUAUAUAAUAAUCUAAUUUAUUUUUUCCCUCAAUCUAUCGUGAUAACUGAUAAUCUAGUGUAUGUUUGAAAGUAAGUAACUUGCAUUUAAUGAGGGUUUAAUGUUCUUAGUUGGGAAGUAAUGUGGAGCUGCACUUGAACCUAGUCUCUUCGACUUGUUUAUAGUUUUUCUUUAAUUUUUUUAUUCGUUUUGAAAUCUUGGAAGGAGAUUACGAUUCUUCAUUGCCUUCUGCGAUUCCCAGAGAAGAAUCGCCAUCUUUUCGAACUUGCAAUGCCUGAAAAAUGGACUGUCGGUUUUCUUUUUCUUCUUCUGGUUGAGUGGUUAACGAUUGCAGCUGGAGCGAUCAUUGGAUUGAACAUCGGGACAGACAUCUCCAAUCUCCCAUUAGCAUCAGACAUUGUAAACAUCCUUAUAGUAAACCAAAUCAAUCAUGUUCGCCUUUUUAAUGCCGAUGCCCACAUGCUGAAAGCUCUUUCGAACACAAAUAUAGAGGUCAUAAUAAGUGUAACCAACAAUGAAGUACUUGGAAUCGGGGAAUCACCUUCAGCAGCAGCCUCUUGGAUUAACAAGAACGUUGCCGCUUACUUUCCAACCACCAACAUCACAGCAAUCGCGGUUGGAAGUGAAGUCCUAACAUCAAUUCCAAACGCGGCUCCUAUUUUAGUUCCAGCCAUGAACAACCUUCAUAACGCUUUAGUUGCCGCGAAUCUAAACAAUCAAAUCAAGGUCUCAAGCCCGCAAUCCAUGGACAUAAUCCCCAAGCCUUUCCCACCAUCAGCUGCCAACUUCAAUUCCUCAUUGAACUCCACCAUUUUCCAACUCCUCCGGUUCUUGAAGAACACAAAUUCAUUUUACAUGUUGAAUGCUUACCCAUAUUACGGUUACGUUACGGGAAAUGGGAUUUUUCCAAUCGAAUACGCCCUCUUUGAACCCCUUCCGUCUGUAAAGCAGAUUGUUGAUCCGAACACACUUUUUCAUUACAACAGCAUGUUUGAUGCCAUGGUUGACGCUGCCUACUAUUCGAUAGCAGAUCUUAAAUUUUCGGGCAUCCCGAUUGUUGUAACUGAAUCGGGAUGGCCUUCUUCGGGUGGUUCUCAUGAACCCGAUGCCACUAAAGAUAAUGCGGAGAAAUUCAACAAUAACUUGAUUCAACGCGUUCAGAAUGAUUCGGGUCCGCCUAGUCAGCCAUCUAGUAGAAUCGAUACGUAUAUUUACGAGAUGUUUAAUGAAGAUAAAAGUUCUGGACCGAUAUCAGAGAGGAAUUGGGGCAUGUUUUUCACAAACGGGACUCCUGUUUAUUCCUUGAGCAUUUCAACUUCUCAACAACAAACUGGGAAUUCUUCUUCGGUGUUUUGCAUUGCAAGCAAUAGUGCCGAUACUAGUAAGUUACAAGACGGACUAAAUUGGGCAUGCGGUCAAAAUCGAGCCAACUGCUCGGCUAUUCAACAAGGGCAGCCAUGUUAUGAUCCUAACACAUUAAAGGAUCAUGCCUCGUUUGCUUACAAUGAUUAUUAUCAGAAAAUGCGUAGCGCUGGUGGAACCUGUGAUUUUGGUGGGACUGCUGUGACAACCUCAAUAGACCCAAGUCACGGUUCAUGUAUUUUUACAGGAAGUUCAAAUUCGAGUUCAACAUUUCCAGCCUCACCAUCACCCAUUAGCCCGAGUUCAAAUUCGAGUUCAUCUAUUCAUCGGGUUCCUGAGAUCAUACCGAUACUUAUUGCUGUUCUCUCAUUGUCAUGCUUGAUUUAAAGCUGGUGACUAUUUCCGGUUGUGUACAUUGAUAUUAGUUGUUACACCACAGGGAUUGUAUUCCUUAUUGUACAACAAGAACAUUUUUUUUUGGGCUUAGUAAGGGUAAUUGUGUAUUUUUCUUUCCUAAAACCAAACCUCGGAGAAUUUGGAACAAUCUUGAGGAUCAAUUGACUGCACAAUGAUGAUACUAUAGAUGAGAUUUGAGAUU